AUGACAAAGAAGAACGCAACUGAUAGCAGUAUGAAGUAUGUACGCAUGCAAAGUGACAGCGAGUUCUCUGAUCUUCAGUGGAAGACCAUCGAGAAACCAAAGAUUCCAUAUCGGUCCAUCAUUGUUGCUAUCAUACUGUUAGUGAUGGGAACUGUCUUGCUGACGGUAGGUGUGCUUUUGUUCACCAACACAUAUUUCAGUGUGAAGUACCACGACAGGACCUGGCCUGUGAUAGUCAUCGGUUGCAUCCUCUUCAUUCCUGGCUUCUACCACGUUCGUUUAGCGUACUACGCUUAUAAAGGUUAUAAAGGCUACAAAUUUGACGACAUACCAGAUUAUGAUGAGUAA